GCUACCGGAAGUAGCAAGUGCCACCAGCAUCAGUUAGCCGCGGCUGUGUGGUCCGUGUUGAUGUGAUUGCAGGACUCUAGGAAGGAAACAAUGUCACAGCAAACGAUCACGGUGACAGUUGCGAACGGAUCUACAAAGCACAGCAUCACGUUAACUGUGCACGAGGAUGGGAAGGGUCCGACCGUCAAAGACCUGUCAGAGGCUCUCACCCAAACCACUGGAGUCCCAGCAGCCUCACAGAAACUCAUUUUCAAAGGAAAAUCGCUGAAGGACAUGGAGGAGAGUUUAUCCAGCUAUGGGAUAAAAGAAGGCUGCAAGCUCAUGAUGAUCGGAAAGCGGAACAGUCCUGAGGAAGAAGGCGAACUGAAGAAGCUCAAGGACAUCGAGAAGUCUGUGGAACAGACGGCGAAAAAGCUGGAGAAAGUGGACGGGGAGUUGACUGGACUUAAAAAUGGCUUCCUGGCCAAAGACCUGCAGGCAGAGGCGCUGGGUAAACUGGACCACAGGGUGAAAAUAGCCGCUGAGCAGUUCAUGAAGAUUCUGGAGCAGAUAGAUACUAUGACUGUCCCAGACAACUUCAAUGACUGCAAAAUGAAGAAAAAGGGACUUGUAAAGACGGUGCAGGAUUUCCUGGCACAGUGUGACAAGAUCGAGGCCUGUAUAUCAGAUCACCUAUCAAAGAUCCAGUCGAAAAACCUCGCCCUGGCGGACUAGAGCUACAAUGUCUCCCUCAUCAUGUGCUAUACAUUGCUCUGUGAGCAACAUGUACAGAACGCUUCGAGUGUGGAGCAAGACCCUCGUCUAUUUAUUGUUGGUGUGAUGUGUCUGAGAAAUUCCCUCACGACAGUCCUUUGAAUGGAAGGAGGCUAUUUAACGACACCGAGGCUAUAGGUGCACCACGGAUACAUUCUCCGGGGGUAAAGACAGAUGUGAGGGGCUCUCUAAGAUACUUAAAACCUCAGACACUCCGAGGUGCUUUGAAAACUGUGGCAAAUUAUAUAUUGUAAAUCUGUUUAAUGCGUCCAUAAUUAGUGAUCAAUGGAACCACUGCUGCCAAAAUAUCUCUCAAAUUGUCCAUGAGUUACAACAACAGAGAAAUCAUGUCUGUUUUUUUGGUGACUGUGAUUUUCCAACUGCUGAGUGUUAAACAUGGCAGUUUGUACACACAUGGCCAAAAGUAUGUGGACAAUCAAAAUAGAUGCAUGAGAUUGUUUUGAAUCCAAAUGAUGAGUUUUAAUCUGCUAUGCUAAAGGCCCGCUGGGCUUUCUGUAGGAUUUUGGAACAUGGCAGCAGAAAUUUUCUCCCAUUCAGAUACAAAAGAAAGCAUUGGGCAAGAAACCUGGACUCGCAGUCGCUGUUCCAGUUCACAUCAAAGGUGGGUGGUGUUAAGGAUAGGGCCCGGUCAAGUUCUCUCCAGUUACUCACUUGUGAGGAUUUGCCGAACUGCUUUGUCAAUUCUCAUGUGAUUGUAAAAACUGGAUGUCUUUGGGGUUUUGGACUGUUGGUAUUUUAUGAAAAAUGUGUGGACAUUCUACAAAGGAUUAAUCAAGAAAAUAAGUUACGGUUGCUGUAGCCUACAGAACACUGUCCACAUUCUUUUGGCCAUAUAGUGUAUGUAUAUACUAUUUGAUUUUCAUUGAGUCAACACCAAACUAGCACCUUUUCGUUAAAUCCGUUGAGUGAUCCCAUGUGUCUUUGAAAUGUGUAAGAACUGUGGAAUUGUAUUCGAUUUAAAUCAUCUGUCAGUAUGACGUACGCCGUUCAAAAAAAUGAAUAAAAACGUUUUGAAAGUA